AGCAAGUAUAGGCUUGUGAAAGUAAGUAGAUAUUAUGCACGCUGUACGUCCUAGAGCAAAGGCUGAAGAAUUUGUACUUGCAGCAUAGGUAUCAAAAACUCUCAUGGUCUGCGCGUCCAGCAAACGAGCGCAAUCUCCAAUCACGGCGACACUUCUCCCUCCAUCCAUGGAUUUUAUCAUUACGGCGACACCGCGACUUCGGUUUUGACGAUCAUUUUUUUUGAAUCUUCUUCGCUCUUACUCUUUGCGUUUGCGAAAAAAACUUCGACUUCCACGCCUGCGAGCGAUUUCAAAGUCAAGGCCUUCCUUUUUUUUCUAAGAUGUGAAGCAGGUGGUUUUAAGUACUAUCUUAGAGCUUGAUCUUGUUAUUGUUAUUCAUUGACGUUACGCUCUUGUUUGACACUAAAAGGCUGUUGCAACUCAGGUUGCUUUCGGUUCGUUACCAGGCCCCCUACGUUGCCUACUGGCUCUAAGAUCGUGCUCCGCGCCCCGACUAGUACAGUGACCUACUGAAAUAUCUAUUUUCAUUUUGAUAUUGAUUCUUUCUACAUUGCACUAGAACAAGUACUUGCACACGGGUGCCGUAUAUUCGUACCACAAUGUACAAUGGCGCAACGGUAUUCUUCCGAACGCCUCGAAGCCGAAGGCUUUUGCAGUGCAAAACGGUUUUUAUUUAGGUGUACUAAGACAAACGGAGCUUAACAAGGCGUUUGUAUUGUUAAAACCUCUGAUACCGCGGGGGCUGAGCAAGUUUCUCCUUCGCGAAUCUGAUGGCGGUUUUUUUUCUACAAUACUCUUGGUUAGUGUAUGAUAAAUCUUUGAUUUCGAGAAUAGGUUUGGUAUUUUCUUUACUAAAAUAAACUUGUACGACUCUGUAAAAUUAUUAUCUCGUAUUGACCUGCUCAGCGGAAGGUCUUCAGCUAAGGACUUUCCAUCUUCUACUUCAUCAAGUACUUAUAAUAUUUGGCGGCCCGCCUAGCUACUAGCAAUAGUGCCCUUAGAAGCACUAUAGUCACUGGGACCGCCGUCUUGGUGCUGCCAGCACCUGCACGUCAAUAGGAUGCCGCCGAAAAUGGGUAGGAUGGAAGAGCCGCCCUCCCCAACCGACGUUGAGGACGUCGAGGAAGUCGAGGACGAAGACGACAGCGUCGAGCCACUAACACCAGAGCAGGAACUAUCCAAGAAAAAAAUGUUGUUAGUUGAAAUUUGUGAUGCGCAACAUGCAAGAUGAUUGCGUCUGUCAUGCCUGGCAUGCGUCAUAGGGUCCAUUAAGCUAAAGGGCGUUUUCCUUUUCACGUACUAUCUGCGCAUGACAGGUUUUUGCUGUAGCUGUCAUGCCAGAGAAAUUUGUAAUGCUAAUCCUCCAAGAAAGUUACUACACCUACAAUGUUUUUUUCUUGGAUAUUAGGAACGAAGACGACGAAUUCUUUUUGCUAGUUCCGCCAAGACAAAGAUCAACGGUAAGGAGAAAUUGCGUUUCGACGAUCCGCCGUUUGCAUACAAUGUGUUGAACGUAAAGCCGCUCCUGACCGACCGCGACGACCUUUUCGUUAUGGUCGGAGAGGGUACCACACUCGGGCGAAAGCUGAUCGUGAAGAAACUACCGCUAGACGAGUCAGUUACGGUAUGUUUAUUCUGCCCCUGCGCAGCUUUUGUAAGGCAUUGUCGUCAUACUUAGUCAUGCAAAAGGGAAGGAGUGGUGUUGCUCUACCGAGGUGCAUAUGUUGAUGGAAAUUUCGGCUGCAUUGGUUACACAAGUAGUACAAGAAAGACAAACAAACACAUAUCAGCCGCUGAUAGGGGUGAAGAAGCGCGCAAUCCGGGAAAUUGUGGUCUUCGCAACGGUGAGUUUGAGGAAUCCCGACGUCUUAUCCUGUGAAAAAGAUAAAGGCCCCGGCAGCAGAAAAGGGCCAGGCUUGUCAUGCAAAUGCCCCCGCUGAUGCUUUGUUUGUGGUGCAUUUAUUCCUUCUACUGUGCAAAUGCUCGUGACUCCGAUGAAUAACUGCAAGCUAUAACCGAGGUUUUCGAAUAAAUUUUUGUUGCUGGUGUAGCGCAGGAGCGCCAAUGGAUAAACUAAGUACAGAACUUUAUUUCACAUCCCCGCAACUAGAAUACGGAUACGCUGGAAACGACCUCCGUGUGUCUGCAUUCGACGUGCUUGUGACUUUGCAUGUCGUGAGACUGGGGCGACCCUUUUUCACAGGAUAUGCCAAGCGUUUGAUGAACUCCUGUUUCGUCGUUCCACAAGCUGCCUGGACGUCGUCCAACAUGAAGUGGCUCUACGUGGCCCAGCCUCCCGCAAGCUGUGCGUUGUUUGCGAUCCCGGAGAAGUUCAGUAUCCUGUGUGUGAACGUGCCCAUCCCAGAGCCAAGAGGGGAACUUUGAAACACAGCUGCAGAACGUUCAAGUUUUCGGAGUCACGCAUGACAAACUUGGCCACGUAGCCUAACCGCGCGUGGGCAUACUUGGAGUCCGUACUUCUGUUUAGCAUGACAACUCUGGGGUAGGGACGUUUUUUUUCCUCCGGAUAUGCAAAGACACGUGGUCACUCGGUCAGAAGUACAAGGAAGUCGCCCCCCGGGUGAAGCGGAUCGACACCGAACUCAAGCAACUCCAAGACGAGCAAAAAAAACUGGGGAAAGCAAAAUUAAGGAUUCAGCAGCAGAAGGAUAACGAGAUAGCUGCGAAACAGGAGGAGCUCGACUCCCUUGUGAAAGAGUUCCGCUAUUGGAAGCUGAAAAACGAGAUCAAGAACCCGUCGAAAAUGCCACUGGGUAUCAAAAACGUAGAAACAUCCACCUGCACCACAUUUGAGACAAAAUCGUUUGCGCUUCUGCUGCCACGAAAACCUAGAUUCUUGUUGUGGAGCUGCACAAUUCGUUUUUUUUUUUUGAUAAGUUUUGAGGAGAUCAUCCUCCGGGCGGCAUGAUCCUCCGAAGUUGUACCUCUGAUGCGUUACAGCUGCUCUGAGUGCUUUUUAUAGAUCAUUAACCUGUCCUGCCACAUCAAGUGCCACUAUUUUCAGAACAGUAAAAACGCAAGACAAAUAUUUCUGCAUCUGUAUUUGGUGCAGGUGCACUUUUUUACGGGAUAAUACAAAUUCUGAUGAAGCUGAUCCACAUACCGGCCUUUUUGGAUAUGUGCUUCCGGAAUCUCCAUGCAUUCCAAGUAUUGCUUUAUAUCUUUGAUUUUGCUUGCUCCCUCAUCCUCUUUUAUACCUAAAUAUGCUUGUACAUGUAUGUGCGUAUUGUCUCCAACAAUUUAUUCAGUGUGCAGCUUGUUGAACCUAGAUAUCGUCACAACUAUUACCAUUACGUUUACACAACGCAGGUCAUAUUUUCCUGUCUCCACCGAGAUCUGAAGCCGGACAACUUUGGGCUGUUGGAUGCGGACGUCGACUAGGAAGAUGAAGACCCCUAAACGAGCGACACACAGCCACAGGGCCUAUAUUUGCAUUCGGUUUAUUCGGGUCGUUCAGCUUCGCGAACCGGGACCGCUACCGUGGACGUGGAUCACCGUGUUCAGGAUGUUCAAAAAAGCCAAGGGGGCCGCUUCUCCUCGAGAUAAUAAAAUAGAAAUAGUAGCAAGUACAUUUCGCACAGGCUUUCAACGUGCUGUGAUGAAAACUGUAGAUUUUGAUGCACGUCCUUGUUUAUAGGGUGUUUUAAUACGCUUUCAUACGACAGCGGAACAGCCACGAAAGAAGUUCGUUUUGGACAAGAGGACCACAAUUCAGCAGCUCAUCGAAAGAGACCGUCACCUCCUGCCCAACGUGCUACACUGGGAUGCGGCCGAAAAGGACGGCAAGUACAAAAACAAACUGAGGUAUAAAAGUGAGACGCUUUCAUCAACUUUUUGACCUUCACAAGUUCUUCUUUAUUUUCGGGAAGUUCCUUUAGCGCAAGUUAGAGUUUGAGGCACGGGGGUAACCGUUCCUAGCUAACUGCCAGCAGAUCACCAAGCAAUAGGAAGAUGCAAAACCUAGCUGCUUCAUGUUUUUCACUUACUUCUCAUCAGGCUUCUCCUGUUCCCUUCCUACUUCAAACAAAUCAUUUGCAUGGAACGGAUGGGGAUGAAAUUACGAUGUUUCUUUCUAGCUAUUGACGCAUAUGUUGUCUCUUGAUAAAAGCUUCCACACUUUCUUCAGGUUGUACACCAUUGACGGCCACUACGUCGAGAACGUUUCCAUUCGGCUUUGGGAUGGUAAAAAAAAGAAUAUCCUGUUGAAGAAUACACCCACACACAUAUUCAUGUGGUUUUACUUUUAUUUCGGGCCACUGCGUUGUAGAAGAUUCGACGUCAAAGUAUGGAUUUUGUGUAUCUCUCUUCGGUGUACAUGCUGACAGGGUCUUUAUCCAAGAGCGAGACAGGUUUACUUAAAUGAAUUUUGUCUCGAAUAUGCUAUGGUGGGUGUACUCUUCUGCAUGAUAUGGAAAUACGAAGAGCAAGAAUCCUACGUGCCCAUAGACUCCAUCUUCCAGAAAAUCACGUCCGACAAGGACCCCUUUACCAAGGUGCGGGAUCUGAAGUACACUUUCCAGGAAAGAUCCCAGAAGCAGGGGUUGGUCGCGCUGACGAUCUCGCAGAACGUCAAAUGGUUGGAUUUUGGAGAAUAUCAAAUGCAAAUGUGUCUGGGUCUCGGUCUGGAAACUUGUGAUGCAUGUCGGUCAAUAGUAGAAGAAACAUUGCAUAUGCACUUCCAAGCAUGACAAGUUCUGUGUUGCGUAUUCCGCGCGAGAACGAACAGCGUUACGUAUUCUGCAUGGCAGAAAAGACGGGCUCUUGCUGGCCACGAAUAAUGAAUAUGCAGACCUCGGUCGUCAGUUUCAUGCCAGACUAGCUGCAUGACAAGUAUCGCGUUCUUUCAGAAUCAGACCCAGGCAUAUUUGCAUUAGAUAGAGAAAGUAAGGUGUUGACCAAGGGUAGAGACAAGACCGUGAAGCAGAACAACGCUGGAACGCCUUGGUGGCGUCUGGAUGAUGCUGACGGAAACACGAAUGACGUUUUGAGUAACGCCUUCGUGAUUUGGACCAUGAUCGGUGGCAAGAAGGACUCGGCGAUGAGUUUCGUCGAAUUGAUCAAGCCCUACCUCAAAGGCAAGGACACCCGUUGGGAAGGUGCGGACCUCGAAGCCCGGAGGUACGUUCGCAUGUGCCUGUCUUAUCUCGGUCAACAAAAGUCCGUGACGUCGUGCACCCUCGAUGCAGAAAUGAUCGACGAGCUGGCCGAUAAUCACCUCGAGUACCUGAAGAAAGUCAAGGCAAGCAAGGCCGAUGCGAAGGCCAAGGUCGAACAGUCCGAGAGCAGUGACUGCACGAACGACCUCGGCACCAACGACGACAAGAAAACGGUACUGCGAAAAAUCUCCGUAGCAAUCAACAAGUGGCAGGAGGAAUUCGUCGAUAACUGUACGUCUUGCAACGUGCCCGAGGACAUGAUGAACAUGGUCAUGGUGUCUUUCACUCCAAAAGUCAGCGACAAAGAGGGCCUAGUGGGAUCUUCGUCUUGGCUGCAAAACUCCAUCCUCGACAAGUACAACUUCUCACUAUCCUGUGCAAAAAUGAAUGUCCCCAACCCCACCACAUUCGCAUACGCAAGAUGGCAAGAAUGCUUUGUACACGACAAAACGACAAUUUUUGGCUGCAGCGGAUAAAAAGUUUCAGUUUCUUGGGCUCGUAGGGUAAAAGGAUUAUUGGCUACUGCACGCGCUGCAUUACAAAUCGAUCUCUCGUGUUAUCCUGAUUCUAGCAUGAAAGAGCAGCAUUAGGAAUACUUCUUGGAGUGUGCGCAGGAGAAACAUAUUUAUUGUAGCGAUACAAAUAUGCAUAACAAAUAGGGGGUUGGGACGUUUUUUCACCGGAUCCGCACCAAUGACAAAAUUUUCUGAAGUGGGAAAAAUUGGCGAAGAGCACGAGGGUACUUCACUUUGAAUUCGGGGCUGCAGCAGCACAAUGUUCUCAUGCUGAAGCUCUUCUUACUCUUACAGCCUCAGGUCCAGCUUCAAGACCUACCUGGAUGAAAACGUGAACGCAAAUUAGUGUUUGUGUUCUUGUUGUCGAAAUAAAAAAAAAUGAAAAUCGAAGGUAUGACGACCGGAAAAAGAGCAGACGGUGCGAUGAAAUUUCUGUUCGAGGGACGGUUGGGCCGCCUCAUGGCCGAGCUUAACGCGGUCCACCCCUUUGUGCCCAAGCAGUUGUACCGGUACCUCGGGCCGCAGGCCAUUAUGCGGAAGGCCAAAGAGCUUUUGGCAGGACUAGUCGAAGACAUGCGCUCCGGGGCUCCAAGCGAGAAGAGCGACGCUGGAGGCGCGGGAGGGACACAGCAGGAACCGUUUCUGGUACAUAUAAAGUCCUUCUCUUUUACUCAUAGUUCAAGUUGUGGUGUCACUUUGCAAGCAUGUACUCAAAAUCGGACAUAAAGGCAGCAGUCACAGCUAUAAAAACUGUGCAACUUUCUUUAUCUCGCAUUACAAAUUGGAUGUUUUCCGUCGUGGCGGUUUUUAUCGAUGAAGAUCUUGUACCGUGGUUCUUGGACCGUAAAAAUGAGAAUAUACGUCUCCAGCAAAAACGGUGUGUAUUUGAAAAACACACAGGAGGACGCGGACGGCAAGGCCGCAGAGGGUCAAGGGGGCAAGAGCGGCGCCAAGAAGCGGGGUUCGCUAGGGAAUGUCGGCGCUGCUGCUUCACGGGCCGACGCGGUAAAGACAGGCAUGAAAGAAGUGCUCCUACAGGAGAGCGGUGCAGCGUCGCUCCAGGGAGGCAUGAAGAAGUUCAGCAUGAAGCGCAGCAUAUCCCGCAUAAAAACGUAUCCGGCCGCACGGUGCUGUGUAUCACUUUUGCGUUUCACGGAACAUGUGUAAAAGAGACCGAGUAAAAAUGUGCAUUUUCCAGCAGGAAAGAAGCAUUUCUACAGGUUAUUUCUAGGAAUUUGUAUCAUCGCAAUAAUGAAGCGGCUGUGUAAAUAAAGUGCGCCCGUGCACUGGGAUACAUCCAACUUUGAAUUUGUCAUGCGCAACUCGCAGAAUUUGGAGUUCGCUACUCGGACAGGGAGCAUCUUCCUUACUGCCUCAACUCAUAGGUGGGUACGCUUUUAUGCAGGAUAGGCCUCGCAAGAGGUAGACGAUCCCAGUUCGGCUCCUGCUGCGUCGCAGAGCUGCGUCAAAAAAGUAAAGAUCCAGGCGAUGGGCGGCGCAUCCGGAAGGAAGUCCGUGAACUUUCAGUCCGAACAAGCUGACCAGACCCGGCAACAAAUCGCCGCAUCGGCAAAAAAGACGACACUCGAGGCCGAGAUGGAUAGUUGGGCUUUGAGUCUCGCUAAGGAUCGAGACGGCCAGAAGCAAAGGAUCGCGGAAAAAACAUCGGUAGCAGAAUGCGUGCCGUGGAUGGGAAAGGUAGUACGAACUUUAUAUUUAGUGGUCACCUGCUGAGGAAGGCGAAAGAGUAAUGCUGAUUCAAAGACACGAAGAAGAAGAAGGAGAUUGAGAUUACGAGGUUGGGAUCAUCGAGCGCAGAAAUUUUCCAAAGUACACAAAAAUCAUUUUUCAGGUACAGCACACGAAGUACUGGAAAGAGCUCUUCAACAAGUCACAAAGAUAUGUUUCACAGCUGAAACCGCACUGCGACUGGGCCGAACUGAAAGGCGCUCAGCACGUUCGCCAAGUGCAAGCCCUGCAGCUGUUCUUGGAACACGUAGCGGCGACAAUGGGAACGUUCAGUCCGGACGAGGAAAUGAUGAAGCUAACCUUGGACGAGAUUCUGGACUGCACCGUCAUCGAGGAGCAGCCGGCAGCUGGCGUCGCAGAGAAAGGCAAGAUGAAGAUGAAAAAGGCUUGAGCAAAUAAAUCAAAGAACUACACUACUAGACACUAUAUUUCGUCCAGGAAAUUUGGGUGGUCUAUCAAUACUUCCUUACAGCUGCAAGCGUCCUCGCCGACUGCAUACGUCUAAUGUUCGUCUUUUGAAUGAAAAAUCGCGUCCUUCUGCAACAACUUCAACUCACCUCCGAACCAGCCACACAUCUGACCGACAGCGAACUUUCAGCGAGGUUUGUUCUUCUCAAAAUAAUUUCACACCCGACAAUAGAUUUGUUUCUGGUGAAGCUUGCGACAAAGACAGAAAGUAGAAUUGGCUUUCCCCCAUGAAGCCAGGCAGCCUCCCCAUACGACAGAUUUUUGCGUACGGCUUGUAAAAGUAAGUAUAAUUAUUUGUAUUUGAUUUGUUCUUGUUGUUGUUCAGUAAUCUGGUAACCAAAUGCGUGCGCGCGCGCGCGCAGAGCGCGCGCCGGCCCACGAAGCCGGCGCGCGCGCUCUGCGCGCUUGCGAUAUUGCUUAGCAAACGCAGCGCGAAGGCAGUUGCCGUUACCAUAUAGGGCAACCGCCGGGAGGCGUGAAGGUCAGGGAAAUGGCCAGAAAUGAAGCGGGAGAAGGGAAAAAAAGCGGACCAGAUGGGAAAAUGGCCAGGAGGUCAAAAAUGUCGCAAAAACGGCAGAAACCAAGCGGGAGAAGGUGAAAAAAGCGCACUUUUGCGGUUUGGCCCACUUGAUAUCUGAAAAAGAGACGGACUAUUUUUUGCUCCGCCCGGUGGCCAGCUGCGUUGGAGAAGCAGGCCCGCGACCUGUCCGGAAGCCUUGGGCCGCUUCGUAACUGGAAAAAAUUGGAAAAAAAUGGCAAAAAAUUGCUUCAUAACGUGGGCGGAAGCAAUCGUCGGAUUUUGUGCAGAUCGCCCGGGCCACUUGAAAAAUGAAAAAAGAUGAAAAAUUGCGCAAAAGCGCAAUCCCCCCGCAGGCUUCAAAACUGCCACCCAGGUGGGGGCGGUGAAAAUGUGCAGAUCGCCCGGGCCACUUGGAAAAUGAAAAAAGAUGAAAAAUUGCGCAAAAGCGCAAUCCCUCCGCAGGCUUCAAAACUGCCCGUCAGAUGCGGGCGGUAAAAAUGUGCAGGUCGCUGGGGCCACUUAGAAACCAGAAAGAAACGCGAAAAUUAAAAGAAAUCGAGAACCCCCGGCAGGCUUAGAAACUGGCCACCAAGGGCGGUCCGGCGGGCGCGCGCUUGCGCCGUACCAUCGCGAUUGGGAAAAAAAAACCGCACUAGAAGCGGGCGGGGGUAUGUCACAAAAUCCCCAUUUGCCCUGGGUUUUGAGCAGAAAUUCGGCAUCUUCCCCGGGUCUGAAAUGGCCGAUUUUGGUGGCCCGGAAGGGUUUGCGGGUUUUCGGCCUUCCACAUACCUCCCGGGCCCGGGGGCCAGUUUGUCAUGCAGGGGGCUAGAAAGGAUGCCCCGCUGCGAGCUAGCAGACCGGAUUUCGCAUUCAAUGCUUAUCGCAGGAGCCUGCGGGCCGCCGCGGGCGACAGUAGUUGUCCGCGGCCCUUUAGGGCCGCGGGGAAGUGGUGGAGCCCGCGGCGGCCCGCAGGCUCCUGCGAUAAGCUUUGAAUGCGAAUCCGGAAGCCUCCGAUGACCCGGGAUAGCAGUGGGAUUCUAAUUAAAAAAAGUGGGACUCUAAUUAAAAAGAAAUGGUGGUGGCAACCGCGCUUUCGCCGCGCGGCUGGUUAGGCUUUCGCGCUGGUUAGAUUUUCGCGCACGCAUUUGGUUACCAAUAUCGCCCUCCGGGCGCGACAUUCAUAAAAAGGAAUCACAUCAAGCACUUGAGCUGAAACUUAGACGAACCUCCCCAAUCAAAGGAACUCCAUCUUCUCGCGACCGCAGAUGAGCUGAUUUGAAUAUUUUUGAGAGUUGUUGUUUAUUCCGGCGUUUGCCGGGGGGACGAUGUUCCACUUCCAUGUUAUUGAAAAAUCAAAGGCCUCGGAUAACUCUGAUGAAAUAUCGUAAAAAGAGAGUCGAAGGUUGGCGAGAUAAGUAUUUGGAGAAAGCAUGAUUAAACUCAACUUCCAACCUCCAGCGCAAAAAGCAACAGCUAUGAAAACGCGCAGGUUUCGAGGAGCUAGAGG